UUCAAGUGUUGAUGGUGAUCAAAUAGAGCAGGCUGGUCCACCUAGUGAGUACAAUAUAUGUCUUGUUUAGCUUGAUUGCUUGAAAGCUGGGUCGUAUUUUGGUGUUAUUUUAAAGCACAUUUAAGAGCUUUGUCUUUCCCACAUAAGUGAUAAGAAUAUUGUUGUUAAGGAAGUGAGUUGUUUGUUCUUUGUGUGUUUCUUUAUUUAUAAUGAUUGCUGUUUUGGCAUUUUAAAAAGAGCGUUUUAAUUGCUCUAUUUUAAAAUUGUUAUCUUAAGCAGAAUGCUUAUACCUAUGUUGGAAAUGAAUAUGUAGAAGUAAUGAAAACACAUUCCCAUUAAUUCGGAUCAAUAAAAGAAUCUUAUGUUAGAAAAAAUAACUGUUAAAAGAAACAAAAAAAACUUUAAUUUGAGAGUAGCUGAAAUUAGCUAUAAGUGCCGACCUGUCAGGUUUACCCAUACUUUGUACAGUUUUUAUAUGUUUGCCGACUUGUUUGGCCAUACAGCCUCUUGUACAGUUUUUCAAUGGGUUUAGAAAAGAGAUAGUUUUACACAAGGCACUCAUUCAAAACUGGUGCAAAAAAUUCAACAUUGGAGAACAAGAAGCUUAAAUCCCAUUAGCCAGUUCAAAAAGACCAAGUUGUGGAUCAGUUGGCCAUCUAAAUCUAGAAACAGUGUGAUUUCAUUGAUACCAUUCAUUAAUACUAAGACUGCUUAAUACUGUAGUAACUACUUUGAAUAGUAAACCAUGAUUAUAAAUCAGCGUAUGUCAUUCUUUACAAGAACUGCAGUGUUAGCAAGUGUUUUUUAAAAUAUAUAUUUAAUAAUCAAUCAAUGACUACGGUGCAGUGAAAAAUAAGGCUAUAAGUUUCACUAUGUCAAAAUGGAAGAACUUUAUUAUUUACUUGUUAAUUUAAAUACAGGUAUCUGUAUUACUACAGUUACAGCUAUCAUAAUUAACCUAUGAAGUAUGUCUGGUUACAUCUAAAUUGCUAUCAAAUUUGUCAACUGUUCAUUUUCUUAAAAUUGCUAUUGAUCAGUGUAAAAAAAAUCAAAAUUUGCCAAAAAUCUGACUUAUAACAAACAAUUUUCAUUUAAAAGAUAUGAUGUAGCCAUUUAUGAAUGUGGUAAACAAGCUUAAAUUUGCCUACAUCAAAUGGGAGACUAUUCAUUUUUUAUUCAUGCAUUCAAAACAUUGGUAAAAAAUGAUGAAAAAGUUAGUAAUUUAAAUUUUUUUUACUUUUCAUUUUUUUUUCUCUACAUUUUAUUUGUUCAUGCAGUUGUAGAGUUGUUGUUUUUUUUCCCACAAGUGGACAUGUAUAAAUUAGCUCGAUAGGAAGUACAUGAAAUGCUCCACGGGUAAACAAUGGGAUUAUUCUAAGCCAUCCUAAAUCCUUAACACAGAAUUGUAAAAUUAUCACAUGAUUAGUUAAGCUAGAAAACCAGCACAUAUUUUAAAUGUACUCUUAACAGUAAUGUAUACAUUACACAGUGGUCAGAUUUUUUAAUUGGCUCGAGGGACUUAAUUAAUGACUAAUCUCUUUUUCUUUUUUUUUUAAAUCAGAUGUCUGGCAUGGGGCUCUUUGUUGUUUCUUAUAGGUGCUUAUUCUUUUUUCCACAGAACUGGAUGCUUUUAAACUCUUGUUGCAUGUUGUGUCUCAUGUCCACACAACAGUUCAGUCCUGGAGGAGUGCUCCCCCUGCAUUUACUUGUAAUCCCACUACUCUACGCGUCUGCUCCCAUGCUAUUAAAAACACACGGCGGAAAAUGGAGGAUAAACAUGUAGUCAUCAGAGACUUGAAUGCUCUCUAUAAUUUAAAGGUAACAGUUUUCUUCUUACGUUUUGGAGGUAGUUUUAUUAAAACAGUUUGUUUGGACUGCAAUAAUGUUUACAGGAAAUAUAAAAAAUCCAUCCUAUACUGUCUGAUUGUUUAUCUGUGUGAUAUUUUAACUUGUGGAAAAUGUUGAUCAUAAAUCAUUUUGGUGGAUGGUUUUAAAUAUAGAACUUAGAACUUUAAAUAAUUAUGUAAAUGAAGUUGUAUAAUAAGUGGGUGGAUAUAGGGAAUAGGGUAGGUAUAGAGAAGAGGGUAUGUAUUGUAUGGACAAGAGGGUAGGUAGGCAUAGGAAAGAGGGUAGGUAUAGGGAAGUGGGUAGGUUUAGGGAAGUGGUCAGGUAUAGGGAAGUGGAUGGGUUUAGGGAAGAGGUCAGGUAUAGGGAAGAGGUCAGGUAUGGAGAAGAGGGUGGUAGGUAUAAGAAAGAAGUUAGGUAUAGGAAAGAUAUAGGGUAGGCAUAGGGAAGAGGUCAGACAUAGGGAAGUGGGUAGGUUUAGUGAAGAGGGUUGACAUAUUUUAUUAGCUAGAACUCAAUUAGUUAGCUCCAUUAGCUAAAGCUAUUAGAACCCUAUUUGUUAAAACCUUAUUAUUUAAAUGGAUAAUAGUUUAAACUCUAUUAGUUAAAAUGCUACUAGUCAAACGUCAGUGAAAACUCUAUUAUUUAAGACUCUAUUAGUUAAAAUGCUACUAGUCAAAUGUCAGUGAAAACUCUAUUAUUUAAAACUCUAUUAGUUAAAAUGCUACUAGUUAAAUGUCAGUGAAAACUCUAUUAUUUAAAACUCUUUUAGUUAAAAAUAGUAGUUAAAAUGCUACUAGUUAAAAUGCUACUAGUUAAUCUCUGUUAGUGAAAACUCUGUUAGUUAAACCUCUAUUAGUUAAAAAUGUAUUAAUUUAAAACUCUAUUAGUUAAAAUUCUAUGAGUUAAAACUAUUAGUUAAAACUCUGUUAGUUAAACCUCUAUUAGUUAAAAAUUUAUUAGUUUAAAACUCUAUUAGUUAAAAUUCUAUGAGUUAAAACUUUAUUAGUUAAACCUCUGUUAGUUAAAACUCCAUUAGUUAAAAUUCCAUUAGUUAAAACUUUAUUAGUUACUGGUUCUUAUAUUCCCUGCUCCAGGACAGCCCGCCUCAGUCAUACUUUGCCAUCUUUGAUGGCCACGGUGGAGUAGAUGCCGCCAUGUAUGCUGCCACCCAUCUUCAUGGUCAUUUAGUGUCAGACAAGUUGUUUCACGUGGACCCAGCCACAGCAAUGAAGCAUGCAUACAAGACAACAGAUAUCAAGUUUCUGGAGAAAGCUAAGAGAGAGGUAAGACAUUUAUUAAUGCCACUAAAGACUCAGCCUAGUUUCAUUUCAAGUUCUAGUAAAUUUUGAACUCAAUGUUCUUGUAACUUUCACGUCACCUUCUUGCAUUGUUUCUGUGGUGUGUGUGGGAGGGGGGGGGGGGGGUUGUGGUUGCCUGCUUUGAAUUAAAUUUUUUAUCCUUCCAUAAAUUUUAAAAAAACAUGAUCACACUCUUUUAAGUACAAGUGCUAAACUUAUUUUCUUGGCUUUAUAAAAAAAAAAAAUGUUUUUAUCAGUAUCAUGAAACAUAUACUUUUCUCCAGAAUUUGCGCAGCGGCACAACUGGCAUAUCGGUGUUGAUUCGUGGGUCAGAUCUCUAUCUUGGCUGGCUGGGCGACUCACAGGCCGUGCUCGUGUGCGCUGGACGACCAGCUCAAAUCAUGGAACCCCACAAGCCAGAGAGAGAGGUGAGAAGGAAAGAUCGGUGCAGAUCAAUGGCUUUUUUUUUUUAAAAUGAAUUAUAAUCUUAUUUGUACCACCCUUUAUUUUGGAAAUGUAAUAAUGAUAUUUACAGUGAUUGAGAAAACUAUGAUCCAUAAAACUGAUGUCAGUAGCUAACUUGGUUGAAAAUUGUGACACAUUUUUUAAUAUAAUAAUUAUAUAUAAUUUAUUUUAAAGUUGCUUAAAAAAUUUUGUUCUUUCAGUUAUGGUGUUUUAUUUUUGUUGUUGUCUCUUAUGGUUAGUCACUCCCCUCCCCCCCCCCCUCCCAUUCCCAUUUCUGGGGACUUGUUGGUUUAGGGUCCUCACACCAUGUUAAAUGUUAACAAGCGCGUCUCUUUAUUUUUACUUUUACGAUUUGAAAAUUUUUUUUUUUUUUCAGUUUUUGUGUUUUUUUUUUGUUGUUGUCUCUUAUGGUUAGUCACUCCCCUCCCCCCCCCCCUCCCAUUCCCAUUUCUGGGGACUUGUUGGUUUAGGGUCCUCACACCAUGUUAAAUGUUAACAAGCGCGUCUCAGCACUAAGAAGAUUGAGUGAAACACUGGUGUAGAUUGAAAGGAACAAAGGAAGAUAUGAAAGACAUUGGUUAUUUGGGAAAUAAUUGAAAGGGAUUGGAGGCAGAUGAAAACUAUUUAUUAUUUACAAAGACUAGAAAGUAAAGAAAAUGAGCAUGUUGUGUUGAAUACAAGAAGGCUGACCCAUUGAUGCUAUUCGUUGACAAGUUGUGUGAAAGGAACGAUGGCUUAUCCAUUGAUGAUAACUAGCUAUUGACUAGUUGUGUGAAAGAUAAGAAGGCUGAUCCGUUGAUGAUAUUCAUUGACUAGUGUUCAUGUCUUUAUAGCACAAUUGAUAUCUCUUAUGAUUAUCCAUGUCUGCAGGAUGAGAAACGACGUAUAGAAGAUCUUGGUGGCAGUGUUCUAUUCAUUGGUGUGUGGAGAGUUAAUGGGAAUAUCUCUGUAUCAAGAGCCAUUGGUAAGUGAAAGCAUGGGAAUAUAUCUGUGUCAAGAGCCCUUGGUGAGUGAAGGGAAUAUCUCUGUGUCAAGAGCCAUUGGUAAGUGAAGGGAAUUAUACCAUUGUCAACAGUCAUUGGUAAGUGAAUGUAUAGGAAUACAUCCGUGUCAAGAGCCAUUUGUAAAUGAAUGCAUGGGAAUAUAUCUGUGUCAAGAGCCAUUUGUAAGGGAAUGCAUGGGAAUACAUGUGUCAAUAGCCAAUGUUAAGUGAAUGCAUGGGAAUAUAUCUGUGUCGAUAGCCAAUUGGUAAGUGAAUGCAUGGGAAUACUUGCUAUUUAAACUGAAUUGUGGGAAACAUUAGGUCAUUUAAUCCUUUGCAGUAGAAAAUGUGUGUUGAUGAUCCUAAUGUGUUAACUGUAAGGUUAAUGGGAUGGAAAUCUUAAAAAUAUUUUGAUUUAUAAAUCACCAAGAAAAAAACUUUUGUGGACUCAAUUUAAGAAUCACUGAUAUUAAUUGUUGCUGGCUAUCUAUGGAUGUGGAUUGGUAGUGUUGUAAUGGGGGGUAUUAAGGGGGAGGGGGGGGGUCAGCAAUAUAAAAUAUCUUAUUUUUUACUUUUAAUAAGUUGUUUAAACAAGUUGUCUCCCAUGCCAUAAGAUUAUCUUUAUUCCAGGGGAUGCCACUCACAAGCCUUUUAUCUCAAGUGAUGCAGACGUCAAGAGUAUUAAGCUGACAGGAGAGGAGCAAUUCCUGGUGAUUGCUUGUGAUGGUUUAUGGGAUGUCCUGACACCAGCACAGGUCAGGAAUCAUCUUAAUGGCAUCUAACUCACCUUUGUAAUAAUCUCUUUUCCAUAUUAGACAAAUAUACACAAAUAAAAUGACUGCUAGAUUUUUUUCACAUGACUGUUGAUCAGCAAACUCAGUUGGUUUUUUAAUUAAAAUUAAAUGUUAACUUGAAUCAUAAUUUAUGUAAAUUUAAAUUAAAUGUUAAAUUGAAUCCUAAUUUAUUUUAUUAUUAUUUUAAAAAGUUUUAGACCUUAAAAUCCAAAAUAAUGUCUGCCAUUUUACACAGCAACUUCAAAUAAACAUUGUUAUUUUUACUAGAUGUUUACUAAGACUGUAAAACAUGAAAUUUUAAAAAAUUGAAAUGUGUCAACUUGAGAGUUGUUAACUUCUCUUGAUUUUUUUGUGAGGUAGAAUAGAUUUCUUAUCUAAAUAGAUUUCUUAUCUAAAUACAUUUCUUAUCACAAUACAUUUAUCUGAACAGAUUUCUUAUCUGAAUAGAUUUCUUAUCUCAAUACAUUUCUUAUCUCAAUACACAUUUCUAAUCUCAAUAUAUUUCUUAUCUCGGUACAUUUCUAAUCUCAAUAUAUUUCUUAUCUCGAUACAUUUCUAAUCUCAAUAUAUUUCUUAUCUCGAUACAUUUCUAAUCUCAAUAUAUUUCUUAUCUCAAUACAUUUCUAAUCUCAAUAUAUUUCUUAUCUCGAUACAUUUCGUAUCACACAGGUGACCCAAAUUGUUUAUGAUCAUGUACACAGCUCUCCAGAUGGACUUGAUGAUGUGGCCAGUCUACUGGUCAAAGCAGCCAGGGAUUCGGGCUCAUCAGAUAACAUAUCAGUUAUUGUGGUUUUCUUCCAAACAUCUUUGACCGACCCCGAGUCCGUCACAGACAGCAGCUGUUUACUGAAUGUGACAGAACAUUCUGACAGUGCUAAAGACAGAUCAACAAAAUCUACCUCAGUGGACCCGGUUGUCCCCAAGCCGACGUUAUCAGCCAAUGAGAAGGUCAAGACUAAAAACUACAAAAUGGGUCAGUCACAAACUCGAUCUAAGGGCAGUAUAAUGAAAUCCAUAUCACUUUACCUCAGCUCUGCGGCACACUGUUGGCAUUCAUAGCUUGCUGCUUAUCAUUGUCUGCAUUUUUUAGCAUGUUCUACACUACUGCUGGCAUCUUUAGUCCGCUAUAAACAAUUUACUCCACAACAAGAUCCAGAUGGUUUUGUCCAUCAUCUUGUGACCAUCACAACCAGAUUCUGAUGGAUCCAUCUUCUAAUCCACCUACAGCUGUCAUUACCAGAUUCUAUCAGGUCCAUCAUCUUAUGACCGUCACAACAAGUCUAGCAGGUCCAUCAUCCUACCGCUGCCAUGACCAGAUUCUGUCAGGUACUUCAGCUGUUAGCCAGCAGCAUGACCAGGGACCAGAGUUCACCCUGCAAGAGUCACUUUACAUUUAACAUAACGCUUUAAUGGUAGGGAUAUUUUGCUGGAGUUGCUCCACCAUAUCUGACUUGUACUUUUUAUCUACAAAAUUUACGCUAGUGGAAAUGAAAACUUUAUAAACAGAGAUGUCAAACUUGACUUGUUUCCCAAACC